AUGGUCUCUCACUUUUACGAUUUUGCACCUCUUGAUAGAACUGGUAAGCCCUUUCCUUUUAGUGAAUUGAAGGGAAAGGUUGUCUUGAUUGUCAACACUGCUAGCAAAUGUGGCUUUACUCCCCAAUUCCAGGGCUUGGAGACAUUGUACCAGAAAUACAAGGAGCGUGGCUUGAUGAUCGUUGGUUUCCCUUGCAACCAAUUUGGUGGCCAAGAACCUGGUAACAACGAAGAAGUUGCUGACUUUUGCCAAAAGAACUAUGGUGUUACAUUCCCCGUUUUGUCAAAGAUUAACGUCAAUGGUGACAACGUUGACCCCGUUUUUCAAUAUUUGAAGAGGGAAAAGAAGCAACUUGGUCUUGAAAGAAUCAAGUGGAACUUUGAAAAAUUCCUUGUUAACCGCCAAGGUCAGGUCAUCGAACGCUACUCUAGUAUCAGCAAGCCUGAGCAUAUCGAAAACGAUGUUGAAAGUAUCCUUUAG